AGGGUUUAGGUAAGCGCGAGCUUUCUUCUUCAUCGAUUCGUAUGGAGUGAUUGAGCGACUCCUUCGAUUACUCUAUGCAAUUUCUUCAUCUAGGUCUUGGAUUUACGAGUACCGCUCUCCUUUUUUAGGUUUUCUAUAGAGAGAAUUUAUGGCGACUGCUGAAGCGGAAUAUGAGAGUGAUCCCGAGGAGCUGAACCGCUCCUUGGCCACGAGGAGGAGAGAAGCAAGUGAUGACGAUAGUGAUGAUGCUGAAUCUGAUAGAGAUGUUGAAAAUAAGAGGGCUGAGGUUGAUUCUGACCUAUCUGAUGAACAGAUUGGUACUGUCAAGUAUGAUAAUGACGAAGAUGGGGAGGAUAGUUUUGAGGAGGAGGAGGAGGAAAGUGGUGGAAUCGAUGAUGACAAGAGGAGUAGUAUGAUGAAGGAGGCAGGUGAUAUGAAUGGAGACGAAGAAAAAGAAAAGGAGAAGCAACAAGUUGCAGUUCCCACAGGUGGAGCUUUUUAUAUGCAUGAUGAUAGGUUUCAAGAAAUGUCUGCUGGCGGAAACAGGCGAAUGCGUGGUGGGAGAAGACAGUGGGGAUCUGGAGAGGAAAGAAAAUGGGGACAUGACAAAUUUGAAGAGAUGAAUACUGGGGAAAAACAUUAUGAUCAGAGGAUGCCUAGAGGCCGAUUCAGAGGUCGUGGUCGGGGUAGGGGACAAGGGCGUGGAUACGCUAGAGGGAGCAGUUCGAACACAUUAGCCAGUAAUGGACAGCAAAUUUAUGUUCCUAAAGCUGUCUCACGAGGGAGAGGGCCCAGGAAAUCCGAGACUCCCCUGAGGAAUGAAAAUCUAGCAAAUUCCGAGCAAAGCAAACAGUUACGAAAUUCUAAUGGGUCUCAAAACUCUCGUGAGAAAAUGUCACACCGUUCACCAACUGCCCCUGCUAAAACUGAGAAUCAAGGUGUCCAUGCCAAAAAGAAUGUAGCUGCGUCAAGUUUGAGUUCCGCUUCUCCUCCAUUUUAUCCUUCAGUGCCCUCAAGUAAUGUGAUACAUGGUAUACAAGUUGGUAUGGAAAGACUCCACACGAAUGAAAGUGGCACGCCUUCUGGGAAGAAGUAUAGGAAUACAAAAUCCGGUUUUUCAUCAGUUUGGACUGCCAAGGCUCUUCAGUCUUCUAGUCAAAGUAGAGGUGCACCUGCUACUGGGAACAUGUUUUACCCGCAAUCUCAUAGUCAAGAUGACAGAUUUUCAUCACAAAUGCAACUCAAUGGAGAUUCAAAAGGCACUGGCCAAAGCUUUAUUAGACCUUCUGCCCAGGGUUUUGAUCAGCACUCUGCUGUUGUCAGAUCUUUGUCUUCCUCUCCCCAGAAAACUAGCUUAUCAAGAAAUCAGUAUCCUCCUAGUGAAGUAGAAUCUGCAUCGAAAACAGGUGCAUUGAUUGCUAAAGGAAAAGAGACUAUCCGGCCUAGUGGAAGCGGCUCUUUUAUGUAUAGUGGAUCCCAAAUGAUGGGGCGGCCAGAAAGUCUGGCAUCUGCUGACAAUUCCAAUUUCCAUACUUUUCUGCCUGUUAUGCAAUUUGGUGGUCAGCAUGGUGGGGUUCCGACUUUAGGAAUGGCUUAUCCAGGAUAUGUCCAGUCUGAAAAUGGUGUUAGAAAUCCGGAGAUGACAUGGAUGCCAGUUUUGAAUGGUCCAGGAGCUUUAGGGGCCGCAUACAGUCCACUAUAUGCGGCUAACCAAGCAAACAAACCAGGGUUACCUUCUUCGUUACCUUCCUCUGCAGGAUCCUCCAGCAAAGACAAUAAUAGCACAAAUACUCUUAAUGACCUGGUCAAACCCAUGGAAAUGCCUGAGGUUGCAGAGAAUGGGGUUUCACAACGGCAAAGCAACAACCCAAGCAAGCAGCCUCGUAGGUACUCGGAGAUGACCUUUAGCAAGUGAUAACAUUUGUGAGAAUUUAAGAAGAGAGUUUAGGGACUCCUUGGCGCAGGGCUAUGUUGCUUCUCCAAGCUUUGUUACAGAACACUUUUAAGGCCGCAAUUGUUCCUGAAAAUCUUAGGUAAGU